CCACAAUAUGCCCUAUCCCUGCCCUGGUUUUAUGGCACGCCAAAUGUCUGCGUUCUCUAGGCUUCUUUCUACUAUGUAUUUCCCUCCGACUGAUACACCCAAUUUCAAUGUGAACAAAGGGAAUCAUUUCCUCGCGGUCGACCCUAUCUUACGUGCUAAAUAAGUGGGGCUACUUCUAACCAAACCGAAGGUGAUCCAAAACUAUCGAAUAUUUCGCGAAAUUAUAACCGCAUCAGCUCGAUUCGUCGUGUCAUUCACCUUAUAUAAUGUAAUUGGUUACACACGGUUCCACACGGCGAUCGCACGCCUUUAACAUGUAUUACCCGUUACAGGAAACACAAAAUAAACAAUCUAGCAUUGUGGCAAUGCAGUAAGGAGCAAAAUCCUAUAUGCUUUUAUUAAUACAGAGCGCAACAUAGAUGUUUUAUUUUGGCUACACGCAAUGUACGAAUUACACGAAAUAUUUCCUGUCGUCCAUGUAACACAUCAAGUAUUUGUUUCCUUGACAACGGGUCUGUGGAUGUUGCUAUUUUAAAUCAAUUUAUUUUAGUGAUUGAUCAUACUCAGUUUGCAUAAUUAAAUAGUAUUUUAUACAUGUUAGAAGGAUUUUAUAAAGCGUAGUGUAAAGGAUAUGAUAAAGGUUAUUGAAUUUUAUAUAAACUGGUAAUGACAGAUAGGGCACGCACGAUGAGAUUAGAAGCAGAAAUGGCUGCUCCUUUGCACCUGCAAAGAUUGGAGCGUAGCCUUAAUGUACAGCCCUUUCUAAGACAGAUUAACGAACUGUUUCAAGAUCCAGCUAGCGAGGAUGAUAAAUCUGUAUCUUCAGAAUCUUCAGAAGGAUCAGACAAUUAUCUCGAUAAUGUUCUGAUUCGUAAAGAAGAGGAGAGAAUAAAUAAAUUGAGACUAUACAACAUGUCAAGUGUGGGAGAGGAACGUAGAUGGUUGCAGGAUAUUCUAUUGAGUGAUUCAUCUGAUAGUUCAGCUUCAGGAUCUGAUACAGAUAGUCCUAUAACAGAAGAAGAUUUUCAAGAAAUGUUAAAGUUUCAUAUACUUAGGAAAAAGUACCAAGCUCGUUUUUAUCAGAAACCAGAGAACAUUCAGUACCAAUAUUAUAGUGCUGGGUUAUUGUCAAGUUAUGACAGAUUUUUAGAACAUCAGAAAUUAAUAGUUGGAAAUAAAAAGAAGAAAGAAAAGAAGCCAGAGAAAAAAGUGAUAAAAAUAAAAAAGGAAAAACUUCCCCGCCAUAGACCAUCAGAAGAUUACCUUGAAGGUGAAUAUCCAGAAGAAGAAUGGGAUCGUACUAUUCCCAAAGAAGAGGAAUUAGAUGAAGCUGAAUUGGAAGCAAUAAUGCGUCAUCAACCUCGACCACGCGGAAGGAAGAAGCAUAACAAUAAAAGUCCUGAAGUAAUGGCAAUGAGAAGACGAAAAAUUUGGGUAAUGAUGUCUAAAAAGGAACUGGGAAAAGUACAAAGAGCAAAAACUAAUAAUCAUAAGGAAAUGUUAAUUAGUUGUAAGAAAGUAGCACAGCACUGCAUGAGACAUUGGAGACAAAAGGCUAUGCAAUCACAGAGAAACAUGAAAGAGACUAUCUGGAAAGCAAAACGUCUAACAAGAGAAAUGCAAGCCUAUUGGAAACGUUACGACCGAGUCGAACGUGAAACAAGGAGAAGAUUAGAAAAAGAAGCUGAAGAGCAGAGAAAAAUGGAUGUCGAGUUGAUUGAGGCAAAACGGCAACAAAGAAAGUUAAACUUUCUUAUAACUCAAACUGAAUUGUAUGCUCAUUUUAUGUCCCGAAAAUUAGGAAAGGCUUCGCCCGAAGAACAGUUGAGAAUUUUAAAUCAGCUAGACGAGGAAAAAAAUCCGAGACUUGUUGGGAUCGAUGAUUAUGACAGUGAAGUCAUGAAACAGAAAGCGAAAAAGAAUGCUACUGAAGCAUUUGACAAUGAAAAAGCUAGGGCAAAACAGUUUGAUACCGCAACAGCAUCUCAAGAGUUACGACUUAGCGAUACCCCUGAAAAUCUGGAACAUCCGCAGCCCUCGAUUUUUAAAGGAAAUCUUAAAGGAUAUCAAUUGAAAGGAAUGAAUUGGUUAGCUAAUUUGUAUGAUCAGGGUAUUAGUGGAAUUUUGGCAGAUGAAAUGGGUUUAGGAAAAACUGUACAAUCUAUAGCGUUUUUGUGUCAUGUUGCUGAAAGAUAUUCUGUGUGGGGACCAUUUUUAAUCAUAUCGCCUGCUUCGACGUUACACAAUUGGCAACAGGAAAUGGCACGAUUUGUACCAAUGUUCAAAGUGGUUCCAUAUUGGGGUAAUCCACAGGAACGGAAAAUAUUGAGACAAUUUUGGGACACUAAAGAUUUACAUACAAAAGAAGCUUCAUUUCACGUUGUGAUAACCAGUUAUCAAUUAGUUAUUACCGAUUAUAAGUAUUUUAACAGAAUAAAGUGGCAGUACAUGAUUUUAGACGAAGCACAAGCUAUAAAAAGCACCAGCAGUAUGAGAUGGAAGUUAUUACUUGGAUUUAGUUGCCGCAAUAGAUUGUUACUUAGCGGUACACCUAUUCAGAACAGUAUGGCAGAGUUAUGGGCAUUGUUACAUUUUAUAAUGCCUACUUUAUUCGAUUCUCACGAUGAAUUCAAUGAAUGGUUUUCCAAAGAUAUCGAGAGCCAUGCAGAAAACAAAACGGGGAUCGAUGAAAAGCAUUUAUCGAGAUUGCAUAUGAUUCUGAAACCCUUCAUGUUACGAAGAAUAAAGAAGGAUGUGGAAAAUGAAUUAUCGGACAAAAUCGAAGUAAUGGUGUAUUGUCCGCUCACCACUCGUCAAAAGCUACUUUAUUCGGCAUUGAAGAAGAAAAUUAGGAUAGAAGAUUUAUUACAUUAUACAGUGGGCGGCGGUGAUACUGCAACAAAUGAUAAAAAUUUCACAUCAAAUCUUAUGAAUCUAGUCAUGCAAUUCCGAAAGGUUUGCAAUCAUCCAGAACUGUUCGAACGCAGAGAUGCUAAAUCUCCAUUAUUCAUGCGUACAGAAUGUUACGAAAUGCCCGCAUUGUUAUAUAUAGAGGGACUCUUGCACCUCUCGUUGCCAUCCAAAGAUCACUUGUUGUACAAUAAGUUAUUUAUAUUUGCUACGGAACACAUACAUCGAACUCUUCACGAUGGCAGCGCAGAUUUCUCUCAAAAUUUCUUCUCUUUCAGUCGAUUUAUUAACUUAUCUCCAAUGGAAAUAAAUCAAAUAUUUAUCGUUGGUAUAUUAUUCAGAUUAUGUCUUGCGACUAUAAUGGAAAGAAAGAUAAAGAUGAUGCAUUAUUGGGAAGAUUGGAACGCCGACGAGAGAACAGAAAUACCUAGAAAUGAAAUGAUUCUUCUACCUAGGAGGGUUAACAGCUCGUCACGAUCGUUGCAGAAUUUAAUAUUCACGCGAAAGAUAAUCGAGGGAGAACCUGUAUAUACUCAUACGACACAUGUCAUUCAUUCAAUGCCUGAAACGGUUGCCCAUCGAAUUCUGCGUAGUAGUAAAAAAGCAGCUAAUCAAUUAUUGAAGAGGAUACUUCCUUCUACCAAAGCAGAACAAGAAGAGUCAAAAGUUACUUUGUUACCAGAACAUCCUCACCUUCCCAGACCACCGAUAAUGCGAUACUGUCAACAAACUACCAUUCCAUCUUUUAUUUGCGAUACUUAUCCUAAGGUUCAAGCUAGUCCGCGAAAACUGUAUGUUAGUAAUAGUUCUGCAGCGUGUGCGUGGAGGAGACACGAAGAAUGCGGCGGAAACUUUGGUCAACGACUUCUUUGGUUCGGUUGUGAACAAGCUCUCUCUACUUCAUCGUCACGAGAGAGCUCUCAUUCUCGUGUAGCACAGACAAUACCAACAUUUUCCGUCGAACCAUACGGUGGAAUAUCUGCAUGUACACCGAUUAAUGGCUGGUCAAAUAUUAUCGUACCGGAUAAGCAAACCUUAGUGACGGAUGCAGGAAAAUUGUCAGUAUUGGACAGUCUUUUGCGUCGCCUCAAAGAACAAGGUCAUCGAGUUCUCAUUUAUUCUCAGAUGACAAAGAUGAUUGAUCUAUUAGAGGAAUAUAUGUAUCAUAGGAAACACACUUUCAUGAGAUUAGACGGUUCUUCUAAAAUCUCAGAUCGACGUGACAUGGUCGCAGAUUUUCAGAAACGGGCGGAUAUUUUUGUCUUUCUAUUGAGCACCCGAGCUGGAGGACUGGGAAUAAAUCUCACUGCUGCGGACACGGUAAUAUUCUAUGACAGUGAUUGGAAUCCAACGGUGGAUCAGCAAGCUAUGGAUCGCGCUCACAGGCUAGGACAAACGAAGCAGGUUACGGUGUAUCGAUUGAUCUGCAAAGGAACUAUCGAGGAGAGGAUACUGCAGCGUGCUCGAGAAAAGAGCGAGAUACAACGUAUGGUAAUUAGCGGUGGAAACUUUAAACCAGAUACAUUGAAGCCUAAGGAAGUUGUUUCCCUGUUGUUGGAUGAUGAAGAGAUUGAAGCCAAAUAUAGCCAACGGAGCGAGGAGAGAAAGCAGCAUGCUGAGGAUGUCCGACUCGAGUUGAACCUAUACCAUAAGGAGAGGGACCGGAAGAGGAAGUUAACCGCGCUUCCGGUCAAGGGUGACGCGAAGAAGCCCUGCUUGUCUGACGCGAACGGUGAUAAGAUCGGUGACGGAUUUCAGUCCAAUUCCAACGAGAACAGUCAAAGUGGUAUUCAGCCCUAUCACCUCAACAAUCAUCAACAAAUCCUUGAUAGCACAGAUGACUACAGUGUACCAACAAGUCCAGUUAAAUCAGAGGACGAGACAAGUAACGACGGACUCGUGGUCGACGUCGAUGGACCCGUAGGAGCAACCUCGAGUGACACUCGACAAUCACGAAUUAGCCAAUUUGGAGAAGCUGGGAAGGUCAAUCGUCUGGAGCAUCACAUGCCCUUCAGCAGUGGAACUGGAGUUCGAAUGAGACCUAACGUUCGCGGUACUAGUAAAAGAGGCAGACCUCGUGGGUCUCGUCGAGGAGGUCCUGUUGGAGGAAAGGGUAGAGGUCUACUCUUGCUUCAUCCUUCAAAGGGUCUUAGCGAUCCUCAGUCACCGUCAUCUUUGUCUCCGACCAGCAGUAGUAUAGCCAAUGAACAAACUUUUCAACACGGGAUACAAGGGACAUCCGGUCCAGCAGAAGGCGACGGUCCCAGCACGGUGGGUCCUCUAGGACCCGUAGGCACUCUAGGCGCUAUGUCAGGCAGGGGAGCUCCUCCGACGAUUCGGAGAGGUCCCGGCAGACCCCGCCUGAGGCCAACCGGUCCAGGCCACCAAGGGUACCGUACCCCGGGUCAUCAUCAAGGCAGGAAAGUCCAACGACCGCUUCCGGUUCCUCUACGAUCUCAACAAACCAUAGCGUCGAUGAAUCAACAGAAGUCCGCGCAGCGUCCCUCAGGAUCGGGCUCCUUAAUAUCCUCGUCCAAUAUGAACGCAUCUUCCUCGUCGUUCUCUUCGUCUACCCUCGAAUCUCGCCCCUUCGGAUUUUACAUGCAGCAGCAGCAACAGCAACAACAGCAGCAGCAACAGCCACGCGGUUCGUCCUAGCUUCCGGAGGGCGAGUUCCUUCGCGUGAUACUCGAGGGAGAUUCUUGAACCAGUGUUCCGGAAAACGUCUGACGAAGUCCCUGAAAAAAGUAACAAUGUACAAUGUUGAUUGUUCGGUGAUAUAACGAAGCAUUAGAACAUGUGGUAGAUGAAGUUUCACGUGAUGAUUUUACGCUCAAAUAGUGCAAUUCAAUCUUUUUAACGAAUUUAGCGUUUUCUCGACGAAUGACAAUUAGCUGGCGUUUAGCGUAACUACGGCUUGCAAGUUAGCUGGCAUUUAGCUGCGAGGAGAACCCUGGAUCCUGUGACGAUGAGAACGAUGUUGAUCAACGUCGAUUUUCUUCUGUAUUAUAAACUAUGUAUAAAAAAAACACUUGUCGAUAUUUAAGCUUAUCGUAAACGAUUAAAGAUAACCGAGCGUAAUUUUCCCUUAUAAAUUAGUCCCUUCGGAGCGCUGGGGUCGUUUAGGCAAUCUGUACAAAUUCACGCCAUUCGCGUUACGUUAGGUACUUAAUAGAAGCUCGAGCUGGCUGGAGAUUCGGGAACAAAAUUCGGAAAACAGUCAGAAAGGACAAUAGCAGACCUCGAGCAAAACGAAAAGAAAGAUUCUGGAAGAAUUGGAGUUCUUGCCAAAAAAGACUCUUUGCAGCGUCGAUUUCUUAAAACGAAGGCGAACAGUAAAUAUUAAAUUGUUGCUUGUCAAAUGGUUUCUAAAACCGUUCGUGACAUAAAAGUGAAAUAGCACUUACGGCAUAUCAAUUUUGAGCUUGACGAAAAUAACUGCGUUUCACUGAUGUUCUCGAUAUAAAGUGGCUAGCUGCCAGUUACAACGAACAAUAACCGAAAUCCGAUAUUAUGACAUAGUAUCGCAGUGUAGCAGCUUAAGGUUCGAAAAUGUGAACGUUGGAUA